CGUCGCUUUGAUUGCGGAAGUGUACAGAUGCUGUUGUAGCUCGGUGAAGCUGCCUGGCUGCUUCUGGACUCUGUAAUUUCAUCCUCUUUUCAUCCAGCUGCAUGUAGCUUCUCAGGGAGCUUCAGUUUCACGGCUCUAUCAGUCUAUCAGGUUGAGCUGUCACCAUGGCGGAUCACACCGACGUCAGUCUGUCGCCGGAGGAGAGAGUCCGGGCUCUGACCAAGAAGGGGAGCUCGGUGGAAGUGAACGACGACGUGCCGCCGCGCCGCUACUUCCGCUCGGGCAUGGAGAUGAUCCGCAUGGCCAACAUCUACACGGAGGAGGGCAACAUCGAGCACGCCUUCGUCCUCUACAAUAAGUACAUCACGCUCUUUAUAGAAAAGCUUCCCAAACAUCGGGAUUACAAGACCGCUAACAUUCCUGAGAAGAAGGACACACUAAAGAAACUGAAGGACGUUGCAUUUCCUCAAGCAGAAAUCCUCAAAAAAGCUCUAUUGAGAAGAUUUGAACAGGAAUAUACACAGUAUCUUAUCAAAAAGAAAGCGGAGGAUGAGGCCUUGGCGAGGGAGCAGUCCAGGCAGCGAGCGCUGGACGCUGAGCGGGAGCGAGUGGCCGAGAUGCAGCGGCGCCAGCGGGAGCAGGAGCAGUUCAGUGCCUUCGAGGAGAUGAUCCGUCGCCAGGAGCUGGAGAAGGAACGCCAGCGGGUUCUCCUGGAGUUCGCCACGCCGGCCGCUCCCUCCCCGGACACGCCCCUCCUCCCCGGCAUCCAGGGCCCGCCGCUGGUGUCCCCGACCCCCCCGCAGAGCCCAGGUGACCUCUCCGGCAGCAACAACCACCAAUACAAUCGUCCUUCAGCCACCAUCGGCACACCCGGUACCGGCCCGCCCACCUUCGACCGCUCGCUCAAGCCCGGCUCUCUGGUCAGCCCCGGGAACAACAAUACAAUGGUGGAUGCCCUCCGGCAGUUGGCCGUCCCCGCUGAACUGUGCCGGAGUUUUCUGAGGCUGGCCGAGGCCAACACAAGCCGAGCUGUAGAAACUUGCGGCAUCCUGUGUGGCAAACUGACCAGGAAUGCGUUUACUGUGACCCACGUCAUCGUACCAAAGCAGUGUGGCGGACCGGACUAUUGUGACACGGAAAACGAGGAGGAGCUCUUCCUCAUACAGGAUCAGUACGAUCUCAUCACCCUGGGCUGGAUACAUACUCACCCCACUCAGACGGCCUUCCUGUCCAGCGUCGACCUCCACACUCACUGCUCCUACCAGAUCAUGCUGCCUGAAGCCAUCGCUAUCGUCUGCUCGCCCAAAUUCAACGAAAUCGGCUACUUCAGGUUGACGGAUCGAGGAACAGACGAGAUCUCCACGUGUAAACAGAAAGGUUUUCACCCUCACAGCAAAGAUCCUCCUCUAUUUACACAUGCAGGACACGUCACCAUCACCGAUGACACCGUGUCCAUGAUGGAUCUGCGGUGAUUUUCCCUCAUUCGUCAGAACACUCACAGACUGUUUUAUCAAACUGCAGCUGUUUUGCUGGAGGAAACACUCAUUUUAUGUUGAGGACGGUACUGAGCGGACGCCGGCCACGAGUUUACCAUUUAUAAGGACUUCAGUUGUUCUCAAAGGGAGCAACGAUUUGUUUUUGUUGGUGUUUUUUUUGCUCUGUAAGAAAAAAAAUCCACAUAUUAUUGCACUUUCCAAGCAAACAAAUACUAUCCAUUUUAAUGGACCGGAAAACCUCUGGCUCUUCAAACCCUUCUGUUCGUGUCUGUGUGUGAUGUCGUUCUUUCCUGUUCAGCUUUUGUUUUCUGUCACGAAUAAAUCUGUGUGUUCGUGUCCGGUAGCCCAAACCUUUGUUUCACGACCGUCGUCAAAGUUUGGUCCUGCCUGACAGAUAAAGUGCCAAGGACGAGAACAUCUGCCUGUUGUUGAGUUGUUCAUUGUGUAAAAUGAAGUUCAGUGGAGUUUGUAAUCGACUCUUCGUUCCUUUGACUUUCCGUCAUUAGCCGUUGAAGUGCUGCGAGUGAUGAGAGAAGUGAAAGCCAGUUGUAACUCAGGUAUGCAGGCAGUGCCGCUGCCGCUGCUGCUCUGUAUCAUAUUUUUUAUAAACCAUCACUCCGGAGUAUCCUUUAUCUCAAAGGGGUUUCCUUCUUUCUGAAAUUUAAUUCCUGCUUCGAUGGAUCCACCUUUUACACAUUUCUAUUUCCCUAUUCUUCGAGGGUUUAAGGGGGGUUGGUGGCACCUGAUCGACAUGUUGGUGUGACAGGAAAUCUGAAUGUACCUUCUGCUACACUUUACUAACCUCCUGCCAUGGUUCAUUCCUCUAACCAUCAUUUUGUUUGCUCCCUUCUCUUAUUAGAAGAAGUCAGUGAUUAGCCAUGAUUACCAAUGAAAUGCCAAGACAAAAUAAAAGUUGUAGUUGAAUUCA